AUGUCUGACCAAUCCAAUCGUCAAGGGAGAGAGAAUCUUCAAGAGUAUGACCGUUGGUUGGUGGAGGAAAUAGUGCCAUAUGUGAUAAGAGAUGUGCCAGAAGAAGUAGAUGCAAUGCAGGCAUAUUCGCCAUCCAAUGAACUUUACCAAAGUAAUAGUCCCCUAAUGAUCUCUACUAUUCCAGAAACUCCUCCUGGAGAUGUCUGGACAGGAGGUAAUGAUUAUUGGACAGAAGUUGGAUAUUCGCUAAGUGGACAGUUUGUGCCUAGCGACCAAUACAUUCCUUUCGAUUCAGAUCUAGCGCAAGCUUCUCCAUUUACUGGAUAUCUAACCCAGAGCCCUUCAGUCGCUGAACACCAAGUACAAACUCCUUCAGUCGCUGGAUACCAAGCUCAAAUUCCUCCCACGUUUAAUGCUGAGCCAUCAGGACAUAUAGGGCAAGGACACGGAAUGGCAUAUGCACAAUCGCGUCCGAAUAGUCCUGAAUUUGAAGAUGGAUGGCGCCAAUCUCUGUCGGGAGUAUGGGAGUGGCUAGGACAAGGCGCUCCUCCCGGAUUUCAAGAGACCCAACCGCAGCCCCCCCGUGAUACUCGGGUGUCAGAAGACGGGCAAAAUUUGAAUCAAGAAGCAUACGCACGAGCUAGUGCACCAAGCAGCCAACGCUAUUCAAGUCCUUCUGUUCAGCUGGUAACAACUCCGAGCCAAUUUCUUGCUGCAAUCGAUCACUCACCGCGAUCAUGGGAGAACAUGACAAACGCCUCCGACAGUCAGUCUGAAGAUCAAAAUCGCUCAGUAGCUGGAGAUGGUCAGAGAGUAUCCGGCAACCACAGAGGUGACCAGGAGAAUGCGCGAAGAGCACGUCGUAGGAGGCGGCAAUAA